AUGCCACGAGGAUUCCGAAAAGCUUUGUCCAAGGUCUUCAAAAGAGGGGAGGGGGAUGAGAAGAAGUCGGAAGUCGAACCCAUAAAGUCGAAUGACCCAAGUACCAUUGCAUCUAAUACACAACAAGAUGGGAGCAAUGCCAGAGUGCCCUCUGCUCCAGCUCAAACUUUGAGCCCUGGGACUGGUGGACAGGAGCCAGCACAAGCGCUGGUUUCUAAUCCACCACGAUCAUCGUCUGAAUCAGUUGAGGAUGAAUCAGAUUGCCGGGGAUUAUUCACUCUUAUUGACAAAGGUCGGGAUGAAUCUGACAUUGUUGACAUUGUCGCUAUUCAUGGUCUGAAUGGCCACUACUCCAAAACCUGGUCUACACUAUCGACAAAGGGAGGUAAGAUCAAUUGGCUCAAGGACAUGCUUCCCAACCGCAUCCCGAAUGCACGAAUCAUGUCUUUUGGAUACAAUGCCAAUGUUCAAUUCAGCAAGUCCACAGCAGGCAUAAGUGACUUUGUCGAGGGUCUUCUUUCCGACCUCAUGACAUGCAGGACAAGCCACCAGGAAAAGACACGUCCCAUCAUAUUCAUCUGCCACAGUCUAGGUGGCAUCGUCUUCAAACAAGCAUUGGUGAGAGCUCGAGAACGCGAUAGGUACACCGAUCUUCUCAAGCACAUUCGUGGCGUGGCAUUUUUUGGCACACCUCAUGUUGGGUCAUCGUCAGCAGACUUUGGCAAAGUAGUGGCGUCGAUUCUCAAAGCCUCGACUCUAGGAAUCAGCACAAACACCAAGGUGGUUAAUGAUCUUAAAAAGAACUCGCCAGCACUCUAUGAAAUUACCCAGUCUUUUGUGGAUCGCAGUAAGGCAUUGCACAUUAUCACUUUCUACGAAACAGAGAAAAUGGACUUUCUGAAUGCACAGAUUGUGGCCAAGGAUUCUGCUGUCUUGAAUCUACCAAACGAGAUUCCAGUGCCCCUUGAUGGGAACCAUAGUACUAUAUGCAAGUUCUCAGACUCUGGAGCCGGGAAAAGGAGUUUCAGUCGUGUUUGCUCUCACUUGGAAGAAAUGGUCGUUGGUCUCGUAAGGGACGAAGUAUCCUAUCCUGCCAAUUUAUCACAUGACCAACAGCUCGAAUGUCUUCGCGGCUUCUAUCAUAAGAACUACGAAUCUUAUCGUGACAGAAACCCAGAUCGAGUCGCAGGCACAUGUGAAUGGUUUCUGAGACAUCCCGAAUAUCGCCAGUGGAGGAACAAGGAAGCCUCUAGUCUGCUCUGGGUAUCAGCAGACCCCGGAUGCGGGAAAUCGGUUUUGGCCAAAUUUCUGGUAGAGUUUUUACGAAAAGAGAAAAAGGCUGAAAAAUCACGUCCAGAGUUUGUUUGCCAUUUCUUCUUCAAGGACGACAACGACGAACAACGCAAUUCGCUCUUUGCAAUACGGGCACUACUACAUCAGAUAUUUACUGAUGAUAAGGCUUUGCUUCGUCAUGCAUUUGACGUGUUUGAAAGCAAAGGCCAGGCCAUGUUUGAAGAUUUUGACAGUUUGUGGGAUAUUCUCGCCGCCAUCGCCAAAGACCCGUCGGCCACUAACCUUCUUAUUAUUCUCGAUGCCUUGGAUGAGUGUGAAAAGAACUCACAAAGCCAGCUAUUGAAACGCCUGAACAAGCUGUAUGAACAAAAGAAACUAGACGAGAAGCCAUUCUUCAAGGUUAUUCUUCUUAGUCGCCCAGAGAAUGUUAUCAAAUAUUCUUUCAGGAAUAAUGUCGCCACCGUUCGUCUUCGCGGUGAAGACCAGACAGGAUCCAUUAGUGAGGAUGUGGAGUUAGUCAUCCGCAGUCACAUUGAUGAACUCAGUGAUCAAGGCUUACCACAUGAUCUACUGUCGGGGCUCGAAAGGACUUUAAUCGACAAGGCCGACCGAACCUUUUUAUGGACGACGCUCAUGAUAGACCUCUUGAAAGAAGCUGCAUCAUCCGGAGCAUCGCAAAAGGAACUUGAACAGCUAUUGAGCAACGACGAUAUAUACGCCAUAUAUUCAAAGCUACUCGAGCGGAGUCACGGAUCGAAUGAAGCUCGGAAACUCCUCCAGCUAAUUCUCGCUGCGGCCCGACCGCUGACUCUCGACGAACUCAACGUGGCACUUGCAGUCACUCCACAACAAGUCUCUUUCCAAGAACUAAAGGUCAAUCUCAAAAGUUCUGUUGAAAAUUACCUGAAGAAUACAUGUGGCCAUUUCAUUCGGGUCAUCCGUUCUGAGGUUUUUCUUGUUCACCAAACUGCACGAGAAUUUCUUCUCCGGGAACGUGAAACGAAAACAUCCAAUUCACUUGGUAUCUGGCAUAACCGAUUCUCUCGUGAUGAAUGUCAUGUCACGAUUUUACAAUCUUGCAUUUACUAUCUUUUCCUUCGGAUUGUUGCCAAUGACGCAGAGCUUGAAAGAGAGAAUCUCACUCGAUACGCUUCAUCAUUCUGGUCACAACAUCUAGAUAGUCUCGCCAUCGUUCAAGACGGGCUGGAUAUCUUUGAUGUCAUUGUCCAUAUAGCCAUACACAGUGGUACCAGUCCGUUCCCAGAUGCUCAAUCGUGGUUUCUUGCACACAACCUUAUCAUUCAUUUGGAUAAUUGGCGGUUCUUUUUGGUCUUUGCCAAUAGUACGGUUGACGAAAACGUCAAUCUUCCGCCCAGUACACCUCGUUUUUAUACACGGAGGCUUGAAGAGAAAUUAUCAACUCCAAAACCAAUACACCCUUAUUCUCAACUCCUGGCUAUUUACAACGGAUUGAAUGCGCAUAUUGUCAGCCUACUGGAUGGUCUGGGAGUUAAUGUCAAGUCAACUGAUAACUCCGGGAGAACGCUUUUACACUAUGCAUCUGCUUUUGGAUCCCCGUGGCUGGUAUCAACGCUACUCGAGUAUGGCCUUGAUGCCUCUGCACUAGACAACAAACACAACACACCGUUACUUUCUCUUGCAAUCGGAGACAAAGGGGAAUCAGGCAUUAAGAUGGAAGGGCGACAUCCAUUGCUCUACAGAAGAUCUGAACCCAGUGAUGUCGAAACCAUCUUGGAAAUCCUGCUUUCCCAUGGCGUCGAGGUUGAUGCUAUUGGCGAUGACGGGAAAACUCCAAUGCUUUUGCUUUCUGAACGAGUCUUAAGCAGAGCUGUCAAGAUAUUACGAUUGAGUGGCGCAAAGGUUGACAAGAAGUAUUCUAAUCAAAGAACAGCUCUCAUCUCUGCCGUGGACUGCGCUUCAUCUGAUUUGGUGGAAGAGAUAUUAGAUAAUAACCCUGAUUUGAGCCAAGUCAACGAUCAAGGAGAGACAGUACAAGUCGUCAUGCGUAGGCGGCCAACAUUCAGCUACCACAUUGGGGCCAGAUUAUGUGAUCCAUCGGAAGGCAGUGAAGCGGAUGAAGAUGUUUCAGAAGCUCAUCAAGAGUAUGCUGCGGUUUUUGAGAGUGAUGAGGAUACUGGUGACCAAGAUUCUGAAUUAUUUCAAACUUCGUCAGGUUCCAGUUUGAGAAGGUUGGCGCGACAUACAAGAGGGUCGUGGUAG